UCUUGUUUCAGAUACCACAGUUUAGUUAUGCCUUUUGGUACCGCAUUGUAAGGGAGAAACUAGAUGCAAUGGAGACAAACAACGGCAAAAUCAAUCCGCAACUCCGUAACAUCAACCAAAGGAAGGCGGCGACGCUUCAAAGUGCAGCAACAUGAAGAAGAACAUGAAGAAAUCGUCAAGCUCUCGUGAGAUGAGAUCCUCUCCGACGGUGGAAAAUGUCUCCAAGUAUGGAGUUGUCUAUCGUCAAACAUCCCUGCAGGCCAUUGAUGAUGCCCCCGAACCAAAUGAAGGCACCAACAUUGACCGCCAUGCAGUCUCUGCGUUCGAUCUGCUGUCUGAGAGUGUGAGCAACAUGACCAAGGAUGGCAGCGCACGGUCAAGCAAUGCACGGUCAAGCAAUACCCAAGUACGGACUCGUAGUCAGUCUUUUACGCUGCAAGGAAAUGCCAGUGGGUUGUUGGUCAAGGGGGGAACAGCCCCAGCCGUCCGAAGAAAAACCGAAAUGAUGUCCUCCACCAGCAGCCACAGUGCCACUACUCAGGACGGCGCCAAGCGAUCCAUCUAUGGUCCGAAAGAUCUUGUGCAACAAGUGAAAAUUGGACUGGAAAAUCUGCAGCUGGAAGAAUUCUCGGAUGACGGUACCGGUAUGAGUAAUGCUGGGGCAGGCGAGAGAAGAGAGAAUGGAGCGGCACUCAGUGACAGCAGUGAUUCCUAUGAUGCAAACGUAUUGGGGGUGGGAAUGGAAGAUGGAUCGGGAAGCCAAACCAAUAAACCACCUAGGUUACAAAAGCAGGGUUCUUCCCUCUCUGGAAGGCACUUAACGGGUUCGGUGAUGCAGGGCUCAGUUGCGGAAUUAAGCAAUUUCAGUGAUGAAUACGACGACGAUGACGACGGCCUUCACGGAUCUGUAUCCUCCUAUGAUGAUGAUGCACCAUUCAAAUGUUGCGGCGUAUCAGCACCGGACUGGAGGUGCAUUAGGUUGAAUAGAAUUGCCUCGGCUGUUGUGCGGUAUGCUCCGUGUUUUUGGUGCUUUCCAAUACCCGUUUCGGCCACAGAUAGAACUGUUUUGACGCGUCUGAAUAUCAUGAGUGCAUUCUUUGCCCUGGGACAAAUGGUGGCAACAUCUUGGUUGGUCAUUAUCAUGCUUAUCCCGCCUUCUGAUCACGAGCAAGAUGAUGAAUACGGUUUUACCAAGGGAAUGGAACCCAACUUGUGGAGUCUGACGGGCGCUAUGUAUAGCGUCGGUUUCUUUGGUACUGUCAUCUUCAUAACCAAUCUUGUCACUCUCAAAGUCAUUCAAGUGGUUAACCUUGUCGGGGCCAUUAGGUAUCUUUGGGUCCUCUUGUAUUUGAUCCCAUUUCAAGUCUUCUUCGUUGCAAGUUUGUUCGACUUCUAUGGUGUUACGCAUGUGUGGGUGAAGCACUGGUGGAGAGUACCCAGUAUGGCUUGGUUCAGAGAGACGUACUGUGAACCGGGAACAGCUGGGACACUUUGCAUGGUUCCUGGAUGUGGCCAGGAAGCUACCAGCUGUAAUGAAACCGAAUGGUGCUUGGUAAACUAUCAGGCGACAAAUUGCACUGCAAUAAGAGAUGCGGCCCAGCUCGAAGUGGAGGACCUUAUGAACUUUUACUACAAUGGAAAUCUGGCAUGGGGCUUCAUCUUGAUUGCCAUUCUUCUUCUCAUUGUGAACACUCUAGAACGAAUCAUUUCACGACCCAUGGUUCAGAAAUCGAGAGAAAGCAACGUUCCCGCAUGGCUGUCUCUCCCUUUCAUGGGUUGUUCGGUUGUGGGGGCCGUCUUCCGCUACUCUCCGUCAUCUGUUCUUAGCGUACAAGCUGGUUCUACAUAUUCCUGGGUCGGCUCGGCGUACAUGACAUGUGGAGUCCUCUUUUUGAUCACGGCGCUUUUGGCUUGGUUUAUAUCCACAUUCUCCAUCCUCAGCAGUCGCGACAAACGAUACAAGCAUGUGUCAGUGAUUGUGUUUAUCUUCUUCAUGGCAGUGACCUGUUUCAUAUUGACGGUGGUAUUUGUGGCGAGCACAUCCUAUUCUGCAGCGUUGGUGGAGAUUCCAAUCUCUAGACCCCAAAAGCAUGAGAUUGCCUGUGGUGUGGAUACUGCUGACAGCUGCUCCAAUUGUGAUGGUCAGUAUCCAUUGAGACCCAAGUGCCCCGAGUGGAGUAUGGAUGAUGUGAAAGCCGUUCUUCAAACGCAGACGAAAGGAAGUGCUACGCUGGCUUUUAUUUUCUUUAUUUACGCAUUCAGUGCCCUUCGGUUUGGCUUUGUUCUUCGCAAGCACGUGACAAUGUAUCAGAUUGAAUACGUUUGAAGAAUAAUUAAUGAGACGAGUGCUGGACCUGGCUGAUUUGCAACGGGGCAUUGAAGUGGCAAGCUAGGAAUGCGAACGGGAACUCUAAUCGGGACGAAUCGAAUCUCGGGUCUGUAGACUUUUCCAUAGAUACUAGUAUCGCUGCAUUGUAUUUACACGGUGAAGUUAGAUCAU